GAUGUCCCAGAUGAUGAGCUGUUGGAAAGUAUCUUCUCUGAGGCAUCAAAGGACUGUGGACCCUGCAGUCCCCCACCAUGGGCGCUCUCUGGACAGGUCAGCCUCCCAAGACGCGCCCCAGGUCCCUCAAACCGAGCUCUAACUGUUUACCUGCUCACUCAGCUUAUGUUUGAGGGCAAAACCAAGGAUGUCAUCUUGCUCAUGGGUUCAACACUGGAGGAAAUGUGCCAGCUCAUGGCCAGCUACCAGAACAUCAUCCCCGUAAGGUCAUCAGGAGGUCAUCUGUCUCUGCUCGACCUAUCUGCACCUUUUCUGUUCAGAGGCAGGAAGAGAUACUACGGCUGUAAGCGGUGUUCCAAGGCUGCAGUGAGGGAGCAGGGUUGGGAAGGAGUUGAGAUGAUAGAUGAGAAAAUUAUCGCUGAAGAUGUGAUAAAUAAAUGCUAA